AUGACCAAUCGCCACAGUGAUUCUCGGCGAGCCUCGUCAGAACAUCGCGAGGUGCAGCGCGAAGACCUCGAAGAGACCGAGUCUCUCUAUCUCAGUCGGACGCGGUCACAGGAGGACAUUGGGUUCGUGGAGAACAUUGCAAUCCAAGACCCUCUGGCCGAAGAAUCAAAGUCACUCAACAGCACAGAUGAGAGUAACGCACCGGGGCAACAAUGGUCACCCUCGGUGAAGUAUUUGGUCUUGCUGUGUGCGUUCCUCACGAGCCUGAGCUUCGGCGUGACACAAGUCCCGCUGUUGUAUGUCUUUCGACUCAUGACCUGCGAUGCUUACUACAAGAACCAUCCUUCAAGCGGACCCAGUCCGAAGGCAGCCGAAGUGACGAGGUCAAUACUCGCUUAUAUGCUGGCAGCUUCUGAUGUCGAUGCCACAAGCACGCAAACUCCUGAAGGCUCGGCGGACAGGUGCUCGAUCCACGCCAUCGAAAGCUCCACGGCUCUGUCGAUAUCGCUGCUCGGUGCCAGCACGACCAUCUUUGGCUUGUUGAAUCUGUUCCUCACAGGCUCCCUGAUCAAGCGGAUCGGCGUCAAGCCCACAUUGAUCAUCCAGGUCUUCUUCCCGGCUCUCAGACUGCUUAUCCAGAAUGUGGGGGUCGAGGUCUGGGGCAACACCGGCAUUGCCAUCAUUCAAUGUUCGCAGAUUGUCAGUAUUAUCGGAGGUCCAAGCGGCUACCUACUGGUCUUGAACACAUUUAUCACUGAGGUUGUCGAGCAUGAAGGUCGGACGGCCGCGUUGGGCCGCUUGACCGGAGCCAUGAUGUUUGGAUCAGCGUUAGGCUUUCUUCUAGGUGGUAUGGUGGCAGAGAGCUUUGGAAUCAAAGCCCCAUUCCGCCUAACCUUGAUGUUGUUUCUCACUGCUUGCGCCUAUGUGUUCGUGUGUCUGCCGCAUAUCCCUCCAGCAGAGACGAAAGGGUCCGAGCGGAUUUCAAGCAAGGGCACUACCAACAAGAGCUUCUUCAAAAGGUUCUUCGGCCCCUUGGCCGUGUUCGCUCCACGGAAAUUCAUCGGGAAAGACGGCGUAAUCCGCAUAGAAUACGGCGCUUUUCUCCUCGCUUGGGGUGUCUUUCUAGGCAUCCUGGCUACAGGAUACUUACCCACGUUGCUCCAGUUAUACUCGACAGACGUGUUUGGUUUCGGUACCAGAGAGAAUGGCUGGUUGAUAUUUAUGUAUUCCAUGCUUCGAGGUCUCUUCUUGACUUUUGCAUUUCCGAAGCUCAUCGCCAUCGGGAGACGUUGGAGGGCUAAGAAGGAGGCGGCCGCUCGGAGCAACGCCCCAUCAGCGUCCGCAUUGCCCGACGAGCGGCAACCAUUGCUGACUGCCGACUCGGCUCGAACAGAAGGUACUGACGAUAACACUAACAACAAUGCCGAUGGGCACAAGAAGGAACAGACCUUCACAUUCGAUCUUACCUAUACGAGGUUUUCGUUGAUUGCCGAUGGCCUCCUUACCCUUCUUUGCUCGUUUGUCCGCCAGGGAUGGCAGAUGUAUCUGGUUGCCGCCGUUCUCCCAUUUGCUGCAGGAACAGGCUCAGCUGCCAAAGGCACAGUCUUGCAGAUGGUCGGAAGCUCCGCCAGCAGUAGCGAAAGGACCGACGCUUUGGCCGGAGUAAGCCUGGUCGAGAACAUGGCUCGAUUGUCCACGACUUUCAUAUUUGGUGUCAUAUUUGCUGCCUUUGCUGGUAUCGGAAAGACCGAGCUUGUGUUCACGUGCAAUGCGGCUGUUGCUCUCAUUGGCUUCGGCGUGCUGCUGUUUGCUCGAUUUCCACCUGAAGACAGUCGUCCACUGGAUCACCUCGAUGAUUCCACCACUGAGGAGUAA